CUUACGUUAGCUGGCUUCUUGUACCUUUAUCAGAUUUUGGUAGCCAUGGUGGGUCUUCCAUCAGUACUAUUGUGCACUCUCAUUGCAUUUACAACUGCGCAGACUGGACGGGAUCUGGAUCGGUUUAACUACCGUGGGACGGACGGCACCGAUUACGGUCCAGAAGAUUGGGACCAGGUUUCCUGUACUGAUACCGAAACCUGCCUUGGUUGGCCGGACGGCUUUGAAACGGCCCGCGGCUGGGAUUUGGGAGAAAAUCACUGCCGUUGGUGUCCUCUAGGCACGAGACAAUGUGGAAUUCAUCAUCAAUCUCCUAUUGACUUGCAGCGCAAUCGAGCGGUUCCAGGAGAUCCGGAGGAGAAGGAAUGCAUUGACGUCCAUUGGAUGGCCUACUAUGACAGCACCUGCGACUGGGAGAACUUGAAAGCCCUCAACGCGUUUUCGAUUGAGCGUCACGCUUUGAAGGUCAACCAACCCAUUGAACAAUUGGCAAGUGGAGAUUACCGUCUAGCGUGUCGUAAUGCUUCUGGUCGGCGGUUUGGGCGAAUCGACUUUUCGAAGGGAUUUUCUGAGUGGUGGCUAAUGUCCCAUAUGGAUAUCCAUGUACCUUCGGAGCAUACGCAAGAGGGCAAGAGAUACGACGGAGAGAUUCAUUUGUAUCAUUUUUACUCUAUUCCUGGAUCCCAAUCCAGUACAAACAACGAGAUGGCGUCUGUAACUAUUUUCCUCGAGGCCUACGAUGACGUUCCCGACUAUCCCAUGUUAAAUCGUCUCAUUUGUCAGUGGCGCCAAGUCGAAGACAAGACUCGAGAAGAAUGUGGUUUACCGUCGGUCGAGACGGAGUAUCCUGGAUGCUUUUACUAUCAGAGGGGGCAUACCAUUGACGGUUUCAACACUAUUGCCCUCACACAAGACGGCACACAGAGAAAUCUUCGUCAAAAAAGUCGCAACCUGCGACCUAAAUCCAUGUCGGUUCACGACCUUAUCCUUUACAACUACGCCCAGAGUCAGACAAACUCUUCUUACACACCCAAAAGGUUGUUGCAUUCCGAAGAGGAUCACGCUGAGGCCGAUCCCAAUUUCGACUGGGAAAAGUUUGUUACCCGCCAAGACGGGAAUGCCAACAUUACACAAGGAAAUCGCCAGCUUCUAAAUUACGAUCACGUGGGUCCUUGGUUCAACUAUUUUCCCAUGUUGGGGGUACGCACCGAGUACUACUACCGUUAUUCCGGAACCCAGACUGUCCCACCCUGUUACGGGCGUUUUUUCGAAGGAAAUAAUCGUCGUCAGACCAACCAUUGGAGAGUCCUGAAGGAUCCUAUUCGGGUAACCCAGCGCCAAGUGGAUGAGAUGCAUCGCCUUUUGAAGGAACGCAUUGCUUCCGUAGACGAUCCACUGGCCUCAUGCGAACCCGAUACAGCUGCCAAGGUAGACGAGAACGACCCGACCAAGAUUUCUGUGGCGCGCCCCGUAAUGGAAACACGCAGUACCCACUACAAGGUGUUUUGUGAGUGUGAAGACUGGCGCUCCAAGUUUCCGGAAGAUGUGGAAUGGUGCAAAAAGGGUUUGCAAGAUCGAUUGUUCAACCAUCCUUACAACUUUGAAACAGACGGGUUUUAA